AGCCGGCGCCAAGAUGGCGGCGCUGACGGGCGGAGGGCUGCCGUGCCGGGGGCCGCUGGGGCCGGAGUGGAGCCGCUGCGGCUGAGCCUCCGAGCUGCCCUCGAGGCAGGCGCCCGGCCGCCGCGACGCGCGGCAUGGUGCCAUCCGCGCCCCGCCGCCGCCGCCGCUGCUGCUGAGCUCGCGGACGAGGGAGCGGGAAGAUGUUUUCCGCGCUCAAGAAGCUGGUGGGAUCGGAGCAGGCUCCGGGUCGCGACAAGAACAUCCCCGCCGGGCUGCAGUCCAUGAAUCAGGCACUGCAGAGGCGCUUCGCCAAGGGAGUGCAGUACAACAUGAAGAUAGUGAUCCGAGGAGACAGGAACACCGGCAAGACUGCGCUGUGGCACCGGCUGCAGGGCAAGAAGUUCGUGGAAGAGUACAUCCCCACGCAGGAGAUCCAGGUCACCAGCAUCCACUGGAACUACAAAACCACUGAUGACAUCGUAAAAGUUGAGGUCUGGGAUGUAGUUGACAAAGGAAAAUGCAAAAAGCGAGGUGAUGGCUUGAAGAUGGAGAACGACCCCCAGGAGGCGGAGUCUGAGAUGGCCCUGGACGCCGAGUUCCUGGAUGUGUACAAGAACUGUAACGGGGUGGUCAUGAUGUUCGACAUCACCAAGCAGUGGACCUUCAGCUACAUCCUGCGGGAGCUCCCGAAGGUGCCGACCCACGUGCCCGUGUGCGUGCUGGGGAACUACCGCGACAUGGGCGAGCACCGCGUCGUCCUGCCCGACGACGUGCACGGCCUCAUCAACAGCCUGAACAGGCCCCCAGGCUCGUCGUACUUCCGCUACGCCGAGUCCUCCAUGAAGAACAGCUUCGGCCUGAAGUACCUUCAUAAGUUCUUCAACAUCCCGUUUCUGCAGCUCCAGAGAGAGACACUGCUGCGGCAGCUGGAGACGAACCAGCUGGACAUCGACGCCACACUGGAGGAGCUGUCGGUGCAGCAGGAAACCGAGGACCAAAACUACAGCAUCUUCCUGGAGAUGAUGGAAGCGCGCAGCCGCGGCCAUGCGGCCCCACUGGCGGCCAAUGGGCAGAGCCCGUCCUCAGGCUCCCAGUCCCCUGUGGUGCCUCCAAGUGCCGUGUCCACAGGGAGCUCCAGCCCCAGCACGCCCCAGCCGGCCCCACAGCUGCCCCAGCACACCCCCUCGGCCUCCCCAACAUCCCCCACAGAGGCUCCGCUGCCCGCUGCACACCCUGUGGCCCCCACCCCACCGAGACGCAGCAUCAUCUCCCGGCUGUUUGGGACCUCGCCAGCUGCUGAGGCUGCCCCUGCGCCCCCAGAUCCGGAACCAGCUGCAGAGGCCCCAGCGAAAGUCCAAGGCGUGGAGGAUUUUGUUCCCGCAGAUGGCCUUGACCAUGGCUUCCUAGACGACACAGCCCCCCCGAAGGAUGAGAAGAGAGUCGGGGCUGAGGUCCCUCAGGACAGUGACAGCGAUGGGGAUACCCCAGGAGGAAACCCGAUGGUGGCAGGUUUCCAGGACGAUGUGGACCUCGAAGAUAAGCCACCUGGCAGGCCCCUGCUACCCACAGGCCCCGCCCCCAGGGAGAAUAUCCCUCUUUCCAUUGAGGAGGUAGCAGGGCACCCCAAGGCCACUGUCUUGGCCCCCCAGAAGUGUGCGGAGCCAGAGACCAAACGGUCCUCCACAAAGGCCUUGAGGCCGCACAGGAGUGCAAUUCCCAGGGAUGCGGGGCCGCGAGGGCCUCCUGCUGAGGGCUCCUCUGGAGGGCACCCAGAUGGGAAGGACGCGUCUUCAGAGAGCGACCCUGAGGGGCCCAUUGCCGCCCAAAUGCUGUCCUUUGUCAUGGACGACCCCGACUUUGAGAGCGACUCUGACACUCCCAGGAGAGUGGAUGAGUUCCCGGUACGAGAGGACCUCUCCGACGUGACUGACGAGGAUGCUGGCCUUGCCCAGCCGCCCCCACCCCCCAAGCCCCCCGUCUCUUCCUUCCGAGUGAAGAACGACGCGGAUCUGUUCGGGUUGGGGCUGGAGGAGACAGGCCAUAAGGCGAGCAGCAGUGAAGAUAAGGAGGGCAGGCCUCCCUCCAAGGAGGAGAAGAGAAAGAAGAAGAAAGGCCGAGAGGAGGAAGAGAAGGCUGCAAAGAGGCGGACCAAGCACAAGAAGGACAAGGACAAGGACGACGGCCGGGAGGACCGGCGGCGGCGGCGGCCGCGAGGCCCGCGCUCGGCGCUGGACGAGCUGGAGGCCUUCCUGGGCGGCGGGGCCCCGGGCGGCCACCGUGGGGGCGGGGACUACGAGGAGCUCUAGGCCGGGGCGGGGUCCGCGCGCCCGCUCUGCUUGCUGGGGGUGCCGGGCCCGCCCUACAGGGAGCGGGGCGGUGGGCCCCCAGCGCUUCUCAGGGAGGGACAGGCCGGGAGGCCCGCGAGGCUGUUUACAGGGGCGGGGCGCCCUCGUCGGCCCCCGCCGGCCGCAGCCCACCGCAUGCGGGCGCGCUCCGCUUCCUGCCGCGGCGCCACGGGGCUGCGGAGCGCCCGCCCUCGUGGUCCUGGGGCGCAGGCUGCCCGCGCCGGGCAUCGCGGGCGCGUCUCGCAGGCCGGUGUCCGGCGCUGCACCUCACUCAUUUCCUUUUUCUUCUUCCACUCCACUCCACCCAUAAAGCUCUCCUGUUUUA